CGGUGCGCGCUGCACCAUGGACGCAUACCGGAAUUUAGAAUGGUCCAAACAGAACCGGCGUAGCGAACAGCGAUUGCUGGAGUACUUUUCCGUCGAUUUUUCCCAAUACGAAGAGGACAUCUUCAAUCUGCACAUUAACGAAGUCGAUGCGGUGCACCAGCUGAACGAUACGUUCCGGGAUGACAAUGCGGUGGCCUUGGAAUACCCAGUAGAUCCGCGAACCGGCAUGGAAGUAAGGCAGCUGGAUAUCGAUACAACCAAGGGUAUGAGAUUGUACGAUAGCUUUCCCAGUGGGUCCAUGCUGACGAGGGCCGAACACCAGCACUGCUUGAUGGUUUUGAACAGAAAGAACAUGAGACUUGGGUUUGAGAGUGCCGAGGAUCGGGAAGCUUUACACAAGUAUUACGCCCUGAAGAAGAAACUGGGCAAGGAGCCUUUGCUAUAUGCAAGCUUUGUCAAGAAUUACUUCAACAAUCACUUGGUCUGUAGGAAAAGCACGAUCGAGAAGGAUUUGGACGAUUUAGUCGUUGCUAUCUGGAAGGGAAAGGCCGGCAAUAUGUUGAGCGAGAUCUCCAGUAGAACAUAUAUAUUGAGUACGGCAGUAAUGUGGCUAAAUUACAAAAGCCAUGAACAAAAUGUGCAGUUUGAGCCCGUGUCCGAAAAUGUGGUGGAGCAUGGAGUUGUGAGGAAUAUUUUUACCGAGAAUUUGCUACAGUGUAAAACUCUGAAGCGAAACAAACGAGUUUUGGACAAUUUUUUCAAGGAUCAACAUUUUUCGAUGCCGAUGAAUGAUGCUGUUCAGGUUGAUACAGUACUGAAGCAAGACGAAGACGUGAGGUUCGUAGUCGAUUCGGGGACACUUUGUCAUCUGUUGGACUGUGCAAGCAAUAUGGACGAGCAAUGGAUGGUGCCUUUGCGGAUUGAGACGGUUGAGCAUCGAAAUGUAAUUCUUAUUGGGAAGAAGUUUCCCGCAACGAAAAUGUCCACGCACGCGAGAAACGUAAAAGCGCACAAGUAUCUAGUGAGAAGCUUUAUGUCGAUUACCAAAAAAGAGGCAACCCAUGGUUUGGAUAAGAAAACGGAGGAACGAGAUGCCAAAUGCUCCAAAGAAAUCGACUACAAAGUGGUAGAGUUCGAUGAGUAUCUUCGUUUGAUCGAUGCGAAAUCUAAAACGCAAUAUCAUCCUCAUCGAAACAGUCGUCUUCAAUUAUGGAAACUACAGGAUGGAGAUGAUCAGUAUAGGUUCCUGAUAAGAUCCCGAAUGGAUUGCUACGAAUCUCUGCGUAAGAUGAAAUUCUACAUAAAUAUAUCGAUCAAACUGGAAUAUCAAGCAGAGUUCGGUGCUGAGCAGAUGACCAAGAGUGAAUUGAUUCGAGAAUGGGUUCGUCAAUUCCUUAGGCCCAAUUCCAGGACACUUCGGCUUCGGAUCAACGUGGUCACUCAUGCCAUCCUCUCACACCAUUAUCUGGAACUGAAGGACAUCGAAGAGGCGUUGAAACGAACGUACGACAUCGAACCAGCAAAUCUCAUUACAAACCUCUGGCAAACACUGAAGCUCCUGUUGAAUUUCCCUCCUGGAGAGCACAUAAUGCACCACGAUAUCAAAAACAAAGAAACCAUCAUGAUCCUCUCCAGCGAUAACAUGACCAGCACAGUGGGUUCAUCCAUCGAUCUGGGAGAGCUGUAUUCUAACGUCGAAUACGUACAACCAGCCUUGGAAUCGUACCAGUGGAUUCCUAUCGACACAUCUGUGAUAACUCAACUGCAUCGCGAACACACGCUUCUACCGUGCACUUUUCCUCAUUGGAACAGCGUCCAACGCAUCACUUCCAGGGAGAAAUUCAAGCACAAACGUCCUGCUGCUGCACCACCACCUUCGGUGGUGAAAACUAAGAAGAAAUCCAAACGUCGCAAACAGAAAGAUUACGAGAAGAAGCUUCAAAAGAAAAAUCAGAAGGUUUUCGUAAAUGAGAUACAGCAAUCGUUGAACACAUUUGCACCUUAUGAGGGACCUUCACGGAGUAAUGCCUUCAUGACCAAUGCAACGAAGAAGGACCCGACGGACCUGGUUAGCUUCGCCAAGGCACGGGAACCGUUCGAUUAUCAAGCGUACAUGAAACAAGCAAGUGCGAAGAAAGAAGACCAAUAAACUGUAACGAAACAAACUUU